AUGGCUUUGCCGGGCGCCGGGGCGGCGGCCGCCGGCGGGGGUCCGUGUCCGCUGUGGACGGCGUUGUACGACUACGAGGCGAGCGGCGAGGACGAGCUGAGCCUGCGGCGAGGGGACGUGGUGGAGGUGCUGUCGCAGGACGCGGCCGUGUCCGGCGACGAUGGCUGGUGGGCGGGGAAGAUCCGCCACCGCCUCGGCAUCUUCCCCGCCAACUACGUGACCCGCCAGCCCCGCGGCGGGGUGGCGGGGGGCGGCGACGGGCGGGGGGAUCCCGCGGGGAGCCUGACGGAAAUUGACUUCCAGCACCUGGAACUGCAGGAGAUCAUAGGUGUUGGGGGCUUCGGGAAGGUGUACCGAGCCACCUGGCAGGGCCGCGAGGUGGCCGUCAAAGCGGCGCGGCAGGACCCCGACGAGGACAUCACGGCCACGGCGGAGAGCGUGCGGCAGGAGGCCAAGCUGUUCUCCAUGCUAAAGCACCCCAACAUCAUCGCCCUGCAUGGGGUCUGCCUGCGGGAGCCUAACCUCUGCCUCGUCAUGGAGUUCGCCCGCGGCGGCUCUCUCAACAGGGCCCUAGCCGCUGCCGCCCCCGGUGUCGGGGCCGCCCGCGGGGGCCGCCGCAUCCCUCCCCACAUCCUGGUGAACUGGGCGGUGCAGAUCGCCCGCGGCAUGCUCUACCUGCACGAUGAGGCCAUCGUCCCCAUUCUACACCGGGACCUCAAGUCAAGCAACAUUUUGUUACUAGAGAAGAUGGAACAUGAUGACAUUUGUAAUAAAACUCUGAAGAUUACAGAUUUUGGUCUGGCUAGAGAGUGGCACAGAACAACCAAAAUGAGUGCUGCAGGGACUUAUGCAUGGAUGGCUCCAGAAGUUAUCAAGUCUUCCAUGUUUUCUAAAGGAAGUGAUAUUUGGAGUUACGGAGUGUUGCUGUGGGAACUCCUUACAGGAGAAGUUCCUUACCGUGGCAUUGAUGGCCUUGCUGUGGCUUAUGGAGUUGCUGUCAAUAAGCUUACUUUGCCCAUUCCAUCCACCUGCCCUGAACCAUUUGCAAAACUAAUGAAAGAAUGCUGGGAGCAGGACCCUCAUAUCCGACCGUCGUUUGCCUUAAUUCUUGAACAGCUUACUGCUAUUGAAGGGGCAGUUAUGACUGAAAUGCCUCAAGAGUCUUUCCAUUCUAUGCAAGAUGACUGGAAAUUGGAAAUUCAGCAGAUAUUCAAUGAAUUGAGGACCAAAGAAAAAGAGCUUCGAUCACGAGAAGAGGAGUUGACAAGAGCAGCUCUUCAGCAAAAAUCUCAAGAAGAGUUACUAAAGCGCCGUGAGCAACAGUUAGCAGAACGUGAGAUUGAUGUACUGGAGCGAGAGCUGAAUAUCAUGAUAUUCCAGUUAAAUCAAGAAAAACCCAAUGUAAAGAAGAGGAAGGGCAAAUUUAAAAAAAGCCGGUUAAAGCUUAAAGAUGGACACAGAAUUAGUUUGCCCUCAGAUUUCCAGCACAAAAUAACAGUGCAGGCAUCUCCCAAUCUGGAUAAGAGGAGGAGUUUAAACAGUAACAGCUCCAGUCCAUCAAGUAGCCCCACAAUAAUUCCUCGUCUUCGAGCUAUACAAUUGAUUCCCAAAACAGAUAAACACACACCUAAUGGCCGAAGAAACAGUGUAUAUGUGUACCAGCAAGAUGUAGAUAUCACAAGUGAAUAUGAACUUCCCAUUGGGGUUAUGAAAAAAGGCAAGAUUUCAUUAUGGUGCUGGUUCUUAACUUCAGAUGACAGCAACAAAACAUGGGGAAGAAGCACAACUUAUCACCAUGAAGAGUUUGAAGAUGUGAAAAGAAGUUUUAAAAAGAGAGGUUGUACAUGGGGACCAAGUUCAGUUCAAACAAAGGACCGUGCAGAUUGUAAGGACAAAAUAAGACCCCUUUCAGAUGGCAGCAAUCCCUGGUCAACUGUUUUAAUGAAGAAUCAGAAGGGUGUUCCUUUAGCUUCAUUAUUUAUGGACCAAGGUGUCUGUACUGAUAAGAAACUUCUCCCUGAAGGUUUGGACAAUAAAAGACCAAAGCCAAUUAAGUUGCCAAAUCAGGCCUAUAUUAAUCUACCUCUUUGGAAAGACGAUCAGGGAGAGAAUACAGUAGAACAUGAGAGCUUUGAAGAAGGAACUUCUGCUAGUUCUACAAAUAGUACUCCUCAAAUGACACCUACAAACAGUCUGAGCAGGACUCUGCAAAAAAAGAAAACUGACUCAGUGCUGUAUGGGUGUGCUGUUCUCCUUGCAUCUGUUGCCCUGGGCUUAGAUAUCAGAGAGCUGAACAAAUCGCAGGGUCCAGAUGAACUCUUAGCUAAAGAUGAGAAGAAGAAGCGUGAUGGAAUAUUUCAGCGUGCUUCCAAAUUUCGCAGGAGUGCUAGCCCUACACGACUGCAGUCCAAGAAAGAGGAAACAAGUAUUCCAUCCCUAAAUCCAGCUGCAAAUACUGUGAACCUUCUCUCCAUGCCCUCCAUUUCCACAAAAUGCCUACUUCAAUCUGACAGUGAAGAUACAUUUGUAAUCCCUGUGCUUGGUGAUUGUGGUGUGUGUAGUUCCACUGAUGACUUUUCAUCUAAAACUUCUGAAAGUAAGAGAGAGCAGAGGACACCGAUGGCUCCUAACAUAGUUUCUACACAAUUAAAAAAUCAGCCUUUUAAUCUUUGUACGAAACAAGGAUCUCAAAAUGUGCCAAAUAAUUCCUCGACGAACUUUAGUGUGUUCGGUCACAGACGAACCUUAUCAGAUGGGAACACUUUUCAGACCUCAGCUAAUGGAUUUGCUUCAACCAAUGAUGUCUCCACAUUACCAGUGGUACCAGUUACUGGAACUCUGCACUCUCCGUCUAGUCAACAAAGAACAAACCACACUGGUAUUUCAGCUGAAAAGCAAAGUGUUGUCAGUAUCAUCUCAAGGCCUCGACCUUCUUCUCUAAGAAGUAAAAUUGAUGCAUGGCAGAUUAUUCCACACAUUAUUAAACCAAGCUCUAAGGAAUCUGAAUAUUUAGAGGGCAAUGUAGCUCCAGAUGUUAACUUGUUGCCAGAUACAGAGGAAAGAACUAACUGCCACAUGCCCUCAUUACUUGAUAUUGAUGUGGAAGGUCAAAACAGAGACUGUACUGUGCCUUUAUGUAGAAUGAAGAGCAAAGCUUGUCAGCCAUCUAUAUAUGAACUGGAGAGAGAGUUUCUGUCAUGA